ACAUGAAAAUACAUAAAUUAAUAGAAUUACAGGAAUAUCAGAGAAGAAAGCGUUACAUAUAUUUACCCGGAUUUGUUUUCAUCAGGAAUGUCACAGUAUAACAUGAAAAUUCGGAGUCGUAUGUAGACAGCGCCAGGUGUGUCGACCGGUUUCAUCCUCACGUUUCUUAUGAAAGUACAUACAAAUUAAGAAUAAUAAUAAAUAACAACAAAUUUUCGCAUGCACGAUGACUACAUUAAGCGGAUUUAUAGAAUUCUUCCAAAAAGGAAAGACAUUUAGGCCGAAGAAAAAGUUUGCUCAUGGAACAUUACGAUAUUCUUUACACAAGCAAGCUCAAGCUUCUCUUAAUUCUGGGAUUAAUCUAAGAUCUGUUGUUAAAUUACCUCCUGGAGAAGAUUUAAAUGAUUGGAUCGCCGUCCAUGUUGUAGACUUUUUUAAUAGAAUAAAUCUUAUAUAUGGUACUGUAUCUGAAUACUGUGACUCAGCAUCUUGUCCAACGAUGAGCGGUGGAGCGCGUUUUGAAUACUUAUGGGCAGAUGGUGAAAAAUAUAAAAAGCCAACAGCGUUACCAGCGCCGCAAUAUGUUACCCUUCUUAUGGAUUGGAUUGAAGCUCAAAUAAAUAACGAAGCAGUUUUCCCAGUAUCAACAGAUGUGCCAUUUCCCAAAACAUUUGUACCACUAUGUAGAAAAAUCUUGACACGCCUUUUUAGAGUUUUUGUUCAUGUGUAUAUCCAUCAUUUUGAUCGCAUUGUAGCAAUAGGAGCAGAAGCACAUGUUAACACAUGUUACAAGCAUUUCUAUUAUUUUGUAACAGAAUUUGAUUUAAUUAAUCCUAAAGAAUUAGAACCAUUAGCCGAAAUGACUGCCAAAGUCUGUAAAGACAGUGCUUCCCCCACUCAAAGCACAGCCCCAUCAAGCAAUCAAGGUAGAUAGUCAUUUUACAGUCACAUUUGACAAAACUAACAAUUGCCAUUUUUAGUAAAAUAAAAUCUCUAGCGAGACAGCGAAA